UUUAUCAGCGUACACUUCAUGCUUGUGUGUUAUUUCUUGUGUAUUUGGAAUGUGUGUUUUAUUUUUCUGUGUUCACACUAAAAGUGUCUGUAGCUGUAACAGGUUGAGUCUGAUGUUCGCAACAUCAAGGUCAAGGGUUCGAUUCUGGUGCUGAUGAAAUGUACACUUUCAGUGCAUUAAAUGUUGUUUUGGAUCAAAGCGUUUGACAAAUAAUAAAAAUAUAAAUGUGGGUCAGAUGAACGGCUCAGCAAAUUACAAUUACAAAAACAUUGAAAUGUGUAAAAUGAAAUGGCAUAUGUGUCCAGCAGAUGUUCUGUACAUUGUGUGCGGCUCACAGAACCCUAAUUGAUGUCAACAGUGUUAUAAAUGUAUUUGUGUUGAAGUCAGUCAGUGUGAGAUGUGAAUGAUUGUUCUGAGCAGAUUGACAGGUGUGUGUGUGUGAUCAUCAGGGUGUGUUCUGUUGUAAUUAGUGUUUGUUGUGAGGGUUUGAGGGGGUGUUUGCUGGUUAAUCUGGAUAAGUAACAUCAGGUCACACCCAAACUAAAUGACUCCAGAUAUGAGAACACACGACAUCUGCCACAAAUAUGCAUGGGAACACACCUGCAGCACAGUUAGCAUGAAUGUGCUAAAGACAGAAAUAAUGAAUGAAUUAUUGCUGAUGUUUUCACACAGUGCUGUUUAUUCUAGUCCACUCUAAACUGCUGUUUCACCUCACAGAACGCUGCGAUCCAGCUGUAAAACUACACGACAUCAUGGCGACUCAAUCUGGUGCAGACUACGGCAAAAAGAGAACAGUGUUAAAAGACAGCAGCUGGAUCAAACGAGCUGCAGAAGAAGAUGAACCUGUCGAUUAUGAUCCUAACUUUGGUAAAGCAGUUCUGGGUCGCCUGAAAUCAACAGAUGAUGCAGACAGUAAACCAGUGGAGACCAACCAAACCCCUCCAGUGAAGUCUGGGACACCCGUCAACUCCUUAACCAAGAAAUUUGGUGGCAGUCAGGAUCUGCUAAAUAAAAGCAGCAUCACCACAACAAAGACUAAAACCACUGUAAACACCCCGACUACACCUUCUAAACCACCAGUGCCGGCCAAGAAUCCAGCACUCAAGACGUCACCAAACCCGUCCAGUUUCACCGCUCGAGUGUUUUCAGGUGCAAACACAAACAACAAGACGUUAAGUCCGGUCAAAAGAUCGUUCGGUGAGAAGUUUCCAGACGUCACAGUGUCACACACUGCCAAUGGACCAGAUAAAACCACCAGUACUGGACCCUCGUCUCUGGCCCCAACAGCUGCCGUUGUACCACCAUCACCAUCAUCAUCAUCAUCAUCAUCACCUGAACCCUCGACCAAAGUCACGUCCGCUCACACUGUAAAGAGUGCUGUGAUCACAACACCUGUGAGUCAACCAGCUGUGAAGAUCUCAACCAGAAAUGAAACCGUGCCACUCUCUACUAAAUCCUCUGUGCCGGGAUCACCUGCGCCACAAACUGCCCCUGAACCAUCGUCACCAGCUCCCUCAACAACAUUCAACACUUCUACAAUUGUAAAGAGCACGACUCCUGUGAUGCAACCCGCAGAGAAGAGUUCAACCAGGAAUGAAAGCACGUACUCCUCUCUGACGACGUCGACUUCCUCAAAAACGUCUGCUAAAACGACCAUCACAGACGUCCAAACAUCCUCUGUGCUGCUGGAGGAGACUCGAACUAUUAAACCUUCAGAGAGAUACUCACAGAGCUCAAAGCUCAGUGAUGUCAGUGCUUCAUCAACUUACACGAGUCCGUCAGCUGUGACUGUAAACACACGGAAAGGCUCCAGUUACAGUGCUCCGCUGGACGACCUUGCUGACACAUUAUUCCCAACAUCGUCUGGAACUGUCCAAUCACAAUCUCAAGUGAAGUUCAUUGAUAAUCAGAGUCCUGCUCCGUCACAAACGCUCUAUUCACCUGCACAAACAACACUGAUACAAAAUAACAGGUCUGUCAGUAGUCGGGACGUUUGUACAGUGUGUGGUAAAGCCAUCGCUGGAGCUCCAAGAAUGAUUCUAGAAGAACUCAAGUUUCUCUGUCACACGACCUGCUUCAGGUGCGCAGUGUGCAACUGUAUUCUGGGGAAUCUGGAGGCGGAAAGAGUCUGUGGGUUCAUCGGGACCGAGUGAACUGCUCAACAUGUUAUAGUAAAAUCAAAGGCCAGUGGUACGCUUGAGACGGCGGGAUAUGAAGAUAAACGGAGAUCGAUUUACUCAAUCAUAGAGGAGAAACUAUUCAACAGAUUUUUAUAAACUGAUCCAAAUAUUUGUGAUCAGAAGUGGCUUUGAUGCUAGUUAUGAGAAACAUGUUUAAAGCAUGUAAAAAGUGAUCUUCACAUUAUUCAUGGGCAAAGCAUUAAUUAUUCAUGAGCAUAUACAGUAUAUAGAAAUAUAUAAAUUUAACCUGUUCUCUUAAUUUCAAAAUGUGUAAUUUUCAUUCAUGAUAUGUAAGUACAUAAAUUAUAUCCACACCGUAAAAUGAUUCUAUUUCUGCAUUAUAAUUAAAUGUUUUAAUCCACUCAUAAAUUACAACAAUCAUUCUCUAAUCUAUUAAAUGUUGACAGUACAUGUUAUAUUAAAGAGGUCAUGACCAGUGUUGGUGUCGUGCAUUACUAAUUACUGGCAGCUGUGUCUCAGGUGGUAGAGCGGGUCGGCUGCUAAUCACAGGGUUGGCGGUUCGAAUCCCGGCCCACAUGACUCCACAUGCCGAAGUGUCCUUGACACUGAACCCCAAGUUACUCCCAAUAUCAGACUAGCACCUUACAUGCAGCUCUACCAUUAUUGCUGUGCGCGCGCGCGUGUGUGUGUGUGUGUGUGUGUGUGUGUGUGUGUGUGUGUGUGUGUGUGUGUGUGUGUGUGUGUGUGUGUGUGUGUGUGUGUGUGUGUGUGUGUGUGUGUGUGUGUGUGUGAGUGUGUGA